GCCAGGCAGCCAUGGCGGUGGAAGGAGGAAUGAAAUGUGUCAAGUUCUUGCUCUACGUUCUCCUGCUGGCCUUUUGCGCCUGUGCAGUGGGACUGAUCGCCGUGGGUAUAGGGGUCCAGCUUGUCCUGAAUCAGACCAUUACCCAAGGGGCCACCCCUGGCUCCCUAUUGCCCGUGGUCAUCAUCACAGUGGGUGCCUUCCUCUUCCUGGUGGCCUUUGUGGGCUGCUGUGGGACCUGCAAGGAGAACUACUGUCUUAUGGUGACGUUUGCCAUCUUGCUGUCUCUUAUCAUGCUGGUGGAGUUGGCUGCGGCCAUUGCUGGCUAUGUGUUUAGAGACAAGGUGAGGUCAGAAUUUAAUAAAAACUUCCAGCAGCAGAUGCAGAAUUAUACGAAAAACAACGACACGGCAUUGAUCCUGGACAGGAUGCAAGAAAAGUUUGAGUGCUGCGGGGCGGCUAACUACACAGAUUGGGAGAAGAUCCUGCUCACGGCCAAGCGAGUCCCUGACUCCUGCUGUGUCAAUGUCACUCAGGGCUGUGGGACCGAUUUCAACGUGAAGGCGAUCCAUACCCAGGGCUGCGUGGAGAAGAUUGGGGUCUGGCUGAGGAGCAACGUGCUGGUGGCAGCUGCAGCAGCUCUGGGCAUUGCUUUUGUGGAGAUCCUGGGCAUUGUCUUUGCCUGCUGCCUGGUGAAGAGUAUCCGAAGUGGCUAUGAGGUGAUGUAGGGGGUCUGGUCUGUUCAGCCCCCUCAUCCAGGGGGAGUGGAGUCAUAUACUCCAGGUUUUUCCAUUAAACGGAUUAUUUUUUCAGACCGAAAA